ACGUGCAUUGAGGGUUUAAAAAAAUAUUUACUACAUUUCAGUUAAAAUCAUUUUUUAAAAAGUUUUGAAUAAUUAAAAAAUGUUUAUUAUGCAUGCAAAACAAGUUUUUGCAUUGUGUUUAAUAAUUUGUUUUUUAAAACAAACAGUUUCUACACUCACAGAGGAGCAGAAGAGGUUACAAGCGAGAGAAAAUGCAAUCAGAGAAGAGAUCAUGAAAAGAAAUAAUCAAGGAAAUCUACCCCUCAAAGACAAAAUCGAAUACAUAACAGAGACUAUAAAUCGUAGCCUUGUCGUCGAUAAGAAAGACGUAACAGAUGAUAAACCACAGACCAAUCAACCAAUGGCCCCAGUCUCAGCUGUUAACGCUGCUACGUACAAUACAAACCUGGAAAAGAUCAUGAAAAGAAAUAAUCAGGGAAAUCUACCCCUCAAAGACAAAAUCGAAUACAUAAUAGAGACUAUAAAUCGUGAUUUAUUAGGUAACCAAUCAAAAACUGAUGUCCAUGAUCAUGCGACUGCCUCAGUCUCAGCUGACACCGCUGCCACAGAUGAUGCCAAGAAGGACCACAAUAAGGAGUGAUCGGAUACAGGCAUACACAACAUUGUUUUGUUAAAUCACAAAUUAAGAAAUGUUGUAACAUUUAAAUUACUAAUAAAGAUAUGGUUAUUAAGCAAUGUAAUAGAAUUAAAAAAAAAUUAAUCAUUUUCUUUCAAGCAAUAUUUUUAUAAUUAUUUUUGUUAUAUAAUUAUUGAAAUAUAAUUUC